AUGUCGUGGGGCAGCUUCCUGGUGCGGCCCGCCAUGGUGCCCGGCCGCAUGGUGCUGCUCGUCACCACCCUGCUCUCGCUCGUCACGCUCUUCGAGUCCUCCAGGUCGACUGCACCCCCGUCGCAAGGAGUGAAGAGCCUGGACGUGUGGCAGCUGUCGUGCAUCGUGUUCGUGUUCCUGGCGCUGGUGGAGUACGCCGCCAUCUUGUACUGCCUUCGCGGCCCCUUCCGGCAGCAUCGCCACACCUGGGCCUCCACCGUCCGCGUAGUUCCAAGCUCAGCCACCACCCACCGUAUAAGCGCUACUCCCAAGGCAAAGAGCGGCAGCGCCAACGGCAGGGCGCGGAAGCUGUCGUGGCGCGUGCGCAGUGCGGCCCGCCGGCUGCACAAGUGUCUGCGCGUGCGCAGUACGACGCUCACCCCUGGAGUCGCCGAGGCUGGCGCCGGCAGCAGUGCAGGUGGCGGAGGGGACAGUGGCGGCUGGUGCCUGCAGGACCGCGUGGCGCUCGUCGCCUUCCCCGUCUGCUUCUUCGUCUUCAACGUCGCCUACUGGAGCGCACACCUCUCCAUCCACCAGAAGGAGCACAUCCCCUGCAAGCCCGCCGCCUGA